AUGGGGAAAGUGAGAAGAAGAGUUCAGGAGAUGAGAAACCCAAACACUAUGUUGUCUUCAGUAGAUAUGAGUUACAACGAGAGCACACGACUGGCUAUGGAUGCUCUCUUGGAUAGAGGGAAUCAUGGAUACCAGGAAGUGCUGAACAAAGAGAAUGAAGCAAACUUUCUGUCAGCAGAGGAGAAAACAUACAUCUUAAACAACAUUAAAACGCCUCUCAGUGACAAUGAAGAGACAGACAGGGAUGAAGAGAUGUCCGGUUCUGCAACAGUUUCUUCUGAGACAUACUUUCCUGCGGUCACAGAGAGUGAGCCUCCAGUUCUUGACUACGGCUGGCCGGUGGCUGACUGGAGUUACCAUCUGCAAGGAAUUCCCAGUGUGGAAGUGUUCUUUCACUCAAUGAAAUCAUUUUCCAUGAAAGACAUGCUUCGGGAACUCAUCAGGCAAGCAACUAAAGUUUUGGCUAUAGUUAUGGACACAUUCAGCGAUGUGGAGAUUUUCUGUGACACACUGGAGGCGAUAAGAAAACACAAUGUGUCCAUCUAUCUCCUUCUGGAAUACACCAAUUUACAGCUGUUUCAGGACAUGUGUGAAAAUCUAAAAAUCAACAAGUCUCAUCUUACUAGAAUGUCCAUUCGUAGUGUUCAAGGGGAAACAUACUGUGCCAAAUUGGGCAGAGAGUUUACUGGACAGAUGAAAGAGAAAUUCAUCAUUGUGGACUGCACAAAAGUGCUGGUCGGCUCAUACAGUCUCACGUGGCUGUCCUGGCAGGUUCACAGAAGCUUGGCCGUGCUCUUCAAAGGCAGCGGGGUUAAACCUUUCGACCUGGAGUUUCGCAGACUCUACACAAUUUCUGAACCUAUCCCAGGAUUUACCUGCCACACAUCAGAUCCUGGGGAUCUCUGCCUAGCUUUGAGAAAUUCCACGUCCCAAUGCGCCCGGGAGGAAUUGCCAGAAACACUCCUGACCAAUUACAACAGAAACCUCGUAAACCCAGGAACUGGAGUUUCCCGACAGCUCAUGUCCGGUUCAGACAACCUAGUUAUCCAAACAUCACCACUGGACCGCAAAGAUCUCAGUGGCUUCCACAGAGAAAAACGAUCCAUCACCCCAUUGCUUAUCAGCCCCCACUUUUCAAAGAUUAUAAUACGAUGA